AAAAAAAAAAGAUAACGUAGUGGUUGGUUUGUAUUUAUUUCGUACAAAUCCACCCCUAAACAGAAGGAACGGGUUUCACGAGAAGUGCCAAAACCACUGAGAGGCGAAGCAAAGCUAAAUUAAGCUAACGAGGAGAGAUUGGUGUCAGCUCCGUACCCUCCUCUGCAGUCAUGCUCCUCGUGGACCCCGGUGUGUACAUUGGUGCUGCGGCCGACCUUAACGACACGCAGGCACUGGCCGAUGCCAACAUCACUCAUAUCCUGUCUGUGGACUCUGUUGACCCCGCCCCCCUGACUCCUGCUGGCGACGACGUGUUCCGCAGGAAAUGGGUGUGUGUUUCGGACGAGGCCACAUCUGAUCUCCUGAGUCACAUGAAUGACUGCAACCUGUUCCUCCAGGAGGCUGUGGAUGGAGGGGGGGCUGUAAUUGUUCACUGUCAGGCUGGUCGAAGUCGCAGUGCCACCGUUGUGACGGCUUAUUUGAUGAGAAGACACAAACUGGGCUUCAGUGAGGCGUAUCAUAGACUGAAGACUGUCAAACAGGACGUACAGGUCAACAGUGGGUUUGAGGAGCAGUUGUGUCUCUACGAGGCCAUGGGCUGUGAGGUGGACUUCUCUAGUCCUCUGUACAAACAGUACAGACUGAGCAAGAUUGCAGAGAAAUACCCCGAGCUGCAGCACGUUCCCAGGGAGCUGUUUGCUGUUGACCCCGCCCACUCCAGCUCCUCUGAAGUGUCCUAUCGCUGCAGGAAAUGCAGACGAACUCUGUUCCGUGACUCCAGUCUUCUCAGCCACCGUGUGGGAGAGGGAGCGGCGGCAUUUGGUCACAAGAAGUUCAGUAACAUCACUGGAAAUGUCCAGUGUACGUCUUACUUUAUUGAACCAGUGCAGUGGAUGGAAUCAGCUUUACUCGGGGUGAUGGAUGGACAGCUGCUGUGUCCUAAGUGUGGCUCUAAGCUGGGCUCUUUCCGCUGGUGUGGGGACCAGUGUUCAUGCGGCCGCUGGGUCACUCCCGCCUUCCAGCUGCAUCGCAACAGAGUGGACGAAAUCCGAAAGCUGAACGUACAGAAAUAACAGCCCGCUGAAGGUAUUACAGUCAAACUGCUCAAGUAGAAACAACAGGGCGGGAGCACAACAUUCGUUAUUCAGUACUUCUGUGAAGAAUUAAAUGACAAAUGAAUUUAUCCACUCAAAGGAAAAUAAGGUAGAUGUAUAUAUUACAGCUAAUUUUGGGCAUCCACUUUGACUUUGCCAUUUAUAAUGUGUAAGUAAGAUGUGACUAUUUUGUGAAACAAGCAUGUAAAUAAAAACAUACCUGUAAAUA